AUGAAGACGAACCUCAUCGCGCCCUUCCUGUUGGUCAAGGAGUUUUUGCCCGAGAUGGUCAGGCGAGACCACGGGCACAUCAUCAACACGGGCUCGAUGAGCUCUGUGGUACCGCCGCCCAACAUAGUCGACUACGCCGCAACCAAGGCCGGACUGACGGCGCUACACGAGGUCGCUGACUUGUGCCAGGGACUGCAACUGGAACUCAAAUACUCGCACCACGCGCCGAGGGUGCGCCUCACACUGGGCGUCUUCAGCUACAUCCAGACGCCCAUCAUCUCGGGCACGACGAACCAGCCCAACUUUCUCUUCCCGCUGCUUGAUGUAGAGAGCGUGAGCGAGCGGCUGGUGGACACGGUGUACAGCGGACUAGGCGCCACCAUCUACAUGCCCGGGAUAAUGCGCUUCAUCACGUCGUUGGUAAAAAGGAGGACCAGAAUGGCUAUUCCGGCUGGCGAGGGAGCGGUCCGUGCAUUCGGACCUGGAUUUCACGGGGAGGCAGGACGUGGACAGCAAGGGAGCGCUUCGCAGGGUCCAUGCGAGAUGACCGGCGGUGCCCGUGGUGAAUCUCAUCCCUACUACAAAAUAGCUACGAAGUAG